AGAAAUAUAUAUAAACCUUUGCACAGGCAAGGCAUUUAGAUUUCCAGGAUGGAGGGGCAGCAUGAUGCUGUGUUUGAGAGAGUGUGUGUCUGUGUGUGUGUGUGAGUGAGUGUGUGUAAGAAUGUUAGAGAGAGGGGAUGCAGCAGCAGAAGACUGGCGGCUGUUUGGAUGCACAGAAGCAGCGGAGAAGAGAGGAUAUCUCAGCUGUCUCCAGUCUCCAACAUCCUGAGAGGAAAAGCACAGCAGCAUAGGCUGUUUCCUUCCACACUCACUCAUUCACAUGCACUCUUAUCUGGACCAAACAAGAUGGUUUAGAUGGACUAGUACAAUAUACAAGGCAUAGAAGGAGAAAACAUAAGAAUUACAGAUAUGUGAUUAUCCAUCCUCUGGAUUCUGUGCCACUCUUUCCAUCAUGUGAGCAAAGACAUAAAUCAUCAUGUGAUUGCAGUAAGAACCUCAAUUCUCAACAAAAAGCCUUGUUCAGAAGACUGGACCAUAUUGUCAAGAGAAUAACCACAUAAUACUCUGAUUAUUCAGCCCUAAUUUCAUCUAAAUAGUGGAAUGUGCUCUCACUGCCAAGUCUGAGUGUCUCAGAGCCACUCCACACCAAGCCUAGUUCACCAACACCUGCAACCUUCUCAUAUAUGCACAUAGGUUUAUUUAUCAAUGAAUGAAGAAUGUUCAAGCUUGAAAUUCCACAGAUGGAAUCAUUUAGCUGGAGGAAUUCAACUUGCUGCAUGGUCCAUUGCCAAAAAGUUUCAAAAAUUGAUUUUCCUGAUGUGCUUGAAACAAAUUCAAGUUUUGUAGAUGAAGGAUCAAAUAAACACCAUGUUUAAAUCUCACUACUGUUACAUUCAAAACAAAGAUUUUUUUUAAUAAAAUGAUUUAAAGAUUUACGCAAUAUAGCUAGCUAGGUAGCUUGAGCAAACGUGGUGUGACAAAAUCAGAAUAAAAUGGCUGAAGCUACAGAAUAUAAUAACACUGAAAACACACUUUCUUCCACUGAUUUUCCCUUUAAUUUCACCAUUGAAUAUGAGGAUUUUCAGUCAGAGUCCAAUGCUAGCAAGAUCAUUAUCCCUUCUAUCUAUGCCCUAGUCUGCUGUGUGGGCAUAAUUGGAAAUGCUAUGGUUAUAUACGUCAUCUUGAAGUAUGCCAAAAUGAAAACAGCAACUAAUAUUUACAUUUUGAAUCUUGCAAUUGCUGACGAACUCUUCAUGUUGAGUGUUCCGUUUCUGGCCACUUCGGCUGCGGUGCGUCACUGGCCCUUCGGAUCGAUGAUGUGUCGGCUGGUCCUUAGCGUAGAUGGCAUCAACAUGUUCACCAGCAUUUUUUGCUUGACUGUACUUAGCGUGGACCGUUAUAUUGCAGUCGUGCACCCCAUCAAGGCAGCACGGUACCGCAGACCAACUGUUGCCAAAGUGGUUAAUGUCUGCGUAUGGGGACUAUCACUUCUCGUCAUCUUGCCCAUCAUUAUCUUUGCAGACACCGUUCCAGCGCAGGAUGGAAGAGAAGACUGCAACUUUCUGUGGCCUGAGUCUUCAUGGUCAGAAGCAUUUGUGGUGUAUAUCUUUUUGCUGGGCUUCUUGCUUCCUGUGGGAGCUAUCUGCCUGUGCUACUGCUUGAUUGUGGUACGUAUGCGAGCAGUAGGGCUCAAGGCAGGAUGGCUACAGCGGCGGCGCUCUGAGAAGAAGAUCACUGGCAUGGUGCUACUAGUAGUUGCUGUCUUUGUGCUUUGCUGGAUGCCCUUUUACAUAGUGCAGCUCGUGAGUGUGUUCUGCCAGCCGCCAGACCCCAUGGUGACUCAGCUGUUUCUCAUUCUAAGCUAUGCUAACAGUGGUGCUAAUCCUAUACUUUAUGGAUUUGUGUCUGACAACUUUCGCCGCUCUUUCCAGAGAAUUGUCUGCUUCCGCUGGAUGGAGAAUGGGCCGGAUGCAGAGCCGGUGGAUUACUAUGCCGUGGCCCUACGGCGCCAAACAACAUGUGGUCCACAGGACUUCCCUAAAGAGUGCUGCUUAGCCUCUGAUAUGGUGUUUCGCAAUGGGACAUGUACCUCUCGUACCACUACCCUGUAAACUUUCCUCAGACUUUUCUCAUAAGCAGACCAAAAAAACAUGUGUUCCAGGAACCAGUUUUACUGUCUGUGUACAAUAAGUACUUUAAACCACUUGAUUUAUUGUAUUAUAUAUGUGCUGUUAACUGAUUGUAGUUUACAUUCUUUUGUAUAGGCUUCCUGAUAAAACUUAAUUAUGAUAUUUUAAAGUCUUUUAGAAAAGUAGAUAUUCAGUAUGUACAGUAUUGCGUUAAAUGAGGACAUGAAGUUAAUUGUUGCGAGAAUAGAGGAUGCCAAGGAUAGAGUGUGGAAACAGAUGAUUUACUGUAGUGACCCUAAAAGCUGAAGGUAGCAGAAGAAGAAUGUGCAAUAUAUGUAUCAUGAAUUAACAUUAAAUGUGUUAAAUGAAAGUAAACAUGUGUACAAUAUUUGAUUUAGCAUGGCAUCACUAGGACAAAAUGAGGUUAACAAUAUCCACACUGCUAUUUGAAAUCAUUCUUUCUCAUAAUCAAGAUGGAAUAAGUGUUGUGUUGUAGGGUAUGUGUUGUAGGACAAUAACGUUUAUGAUUAUGUAUUAAAAUGAGGAAUGUAUGUUUGCAUUUCAAAUCGAUCUUUGGAGUAUUUAUAUUCUUAAGUAAAAUAUGAAUUACUUCCUGCUAUAUAGUAUUUUACAGGUCAAUAAUUAUUGGAUGUGUAUAAAGCAUAAUUACAUACAUAAUAAUCUACAGUAUCUAGCUGGAUUCUUGCUUGAUUCACAGUAAUCAUAUCUGAUGUCCCCCCCCCCCCCUCACUAUAUAUGUUUUUUAUUCUAUAAAAUUCCUUUUCCUGAAUCACACAGUCAACUCAGCAACUAUGUAAUGUUUUAUGCCAAAUUGUAAAACCAAGCUUGGGUCUUUUAGGUAAUUUCCAAUGCAAAACAUGGCAGUUUUAUUUUCUGGACAGCUUUUUUAACACACUGUAUAUAGUUUCCAAAGAACUGUCCCUGGGAGAUAUGAAUUUAAGGACAUUGCUUUUUGAGAAUGGCAAAUUAGCCACUUUUGGCUAAAAAGAGGCAGAACGACUAAUAAAUCAUGUCUCACACUAUGGUAUAUCUCUGCAUCUUUCUGACAGGGAAGUCGAGAUGUGCUGCUAUUUGACUGUCAGAGUUGACUAUAAAGAUCAUUGUGUGGAUCUUAGAGAGUCUAUGUAAAAAUAA